AUUCAACCGAUGAAACGGUACUGACCUUGGUUUAAAAACAGAAGAGUCAUCCGGUUAAUCAUAUAUACAUAUAAAUGACGUCAUGAGCCAUGUCAUUACAACCCUUAAGCGCUGCCGUUUAAUAUUGGACCCUCCUCCCUAGCUGCGCUUCGAUUCACCCGUCUCCUCUCACAUCUGUUGAAGCCAUAAUUGUUGUUAACAGAGAUGCGGUCCAAGGACAAAAUCUCCUACUUUUACGAUGGAGAUGUAGGGAGCGUCUAUUUUGGUCCGAAUCACCCAAUGAAACCUCACAGGCUUUGUAUGACCCAUCAUCUUAUCCUUGCCUAUGGCCUCCAUAGCAAGAUGGAAGUUUAUCGUCCACACAAGGCGUACCCUAUCGAGAUGGCCCAGUUCCAUUCUCCAGACUAUGUUGAGUUCCUGCAACGAAUCAACCCAGAAAAUAAGGAUUUGUUUCCCAACGAAAUGGCUAGAUAUAAUUUAGGAGAGGAUUGUCCUGUCUUUGAGGAUAUGUUUGAGUUUUGUCAAAUUUAUGCGGGUGCCACCAUAGAUGCUGCACGCAGAUUAAACAACAAACUCUGUGACAUUGCGAUCAACUGGGCGGGCGGGUUGCACCAUGCUAAAAAAUGCGAUGCAUCUGGUUUUUGUUACAUCAACGAUCUCGUGCUAGGAAUCCUCGAGCUGUUGAAACACCAUCCUCGAGUGCUCUACAUUGAUAUAGAUGUUCAUCACGGUGAUGGAGUUGAAGAGGCUUUUUACUUUACUGACAGAGUGAUGACUGUUAGCUUUCACAAGUUUGGGGAUAAGUUUUUUCCAGGGACCGGCGAUGUUAAGGAAAUAGGAGAAAGGGAAGGGAAGUUUUACGCCAUAAAUGUUCCGCUCAGGGAUGGUAUUGAUGACAGCAGUUUCAACCGUCUGUUCAGGGCUAUAAUUUCGAAGGUGGUUGAGAUAUAUCAGCCAGGUGCAAUAGUACUUCAGUGUGGAGCAGAUUCACUAGCAAGGGAUCGACUAGGAUGCUUUAAUCUUUCUAUUGAUGGACAUGCUGAGUGUGUUAAAUUCGUCAAGAAAUUCAAUAUUCCUUUGCUGGUGACUGGAGGUGGAGGGUACACAAAGGAGAACGUAGCUCGGUGUUGGACCGUUGAGACUGGCAUUCUUUUGGACACAGAACUUCCUAAUGAGAUUCCUGAUAAUGAUUAUAUAAAGUAUUUUGGGCCGGAUUACUCAUUGAAGAUUCCUGGUGGUCACAUUGAGAAUCUAAAUACGAAAUCGUAUAUCAGUACGAUAAAAGCACAGAUUUUGGAUAAUUUGAGAUACAUCCAGCACGCUCCAAGCGUGCAGAUGCAGGAGGUUCCACCGGAUUUCUACAUACCGGAUUUUGAUGAAGACGAACGAAAUCCAGAUGUGCGUGUGGACCAGCGUUCGCGGGAUAAGCAGAUUCAGAGGGACGAUGAAUAUUUCGAUGGUGACAAGGAUAACGAUGCGUCGUAGCCUAAGAUUAUUAUUAGCGCAGAAGACUAGACAAAACCAAAGUUGUGUUUGGGAGAUUUGUUAUAAACUUAUAAUGAUAACAUUUUAACGGCUUGUAGAAAAUUCUAUUUGAAAAUUCUAUUUGUCUGGGCACCAAAACCCACUCAUGAUUCUUAAAUCAUUCGUCUUUUCUUUAAGA